AUGGCGACGCCGUCUGCAGAGCCGGCCGCGGCGCAAACGCACCAGUUCCCCCUCCCAAAGAUUCUCGAAUACCCCGCCUCGACCCCGCCAACCCUCGUCACCCAAGGCGCCGAGGGUCGCCUCUACCGAAGCACCUACUUGCUGCCCGAUCUCCCCUGCGCCGUCAAAUACCGCCCGCCCAAGCCCUGGCGACACCCUACUCUCGACCAGCGACUAACGAAACACCGCAUCCUUUCCGAGGCGCGAAUCUUGGCCAAGUGCCGUCGCGAUGGCGUGAGGGUGCCUGCCAUCUAUGCCGUCGACGAGAGCGCCGGCUGGAUGAUGCUGGAAUGGAUACAUGGUGGGCCGGUCCGGGCGAGGAUCAACGAGCGGUUGGGUACGCGCACAGAGGGCAUCGCCGAGGAUGCUGAAUUGAAGGACUUGAUGAGGCGGAUGGGGACAGCCGUGGGCAAGCUGCACCAGAUUGGUAUCGUCCACGGCGACCUGACCACGAGCAACCUGAUGCUGAAUCCUCCGCCGGUGAGCGGCGACUCAGACAGCCAUAAUAUACUGGAUGGGGAAGUUGUCAUAAUUGACCUGGGACUGGCAAGUGGCAGUUCUUCUGAGGAAGACCGGGCGGUUGAUCUCUACGUGCUUGAAAGAGCAUUUGGUAGUACGCAUCCACGAGCAGAGUGCGUCUUCUCCGAGUUGCUAGAUGCCUACCGAGGGACAUUCAAGCAAGCACCGGGCGUUUUAAAGAAGCUAGAAGAUGUCCGGAUGAGAGGCCGGAAAAGAAGCAUGCUGGGUUAA